UUCAUGCGUUACAGGUUUAGUGUAAUUGCAAUACGCUUUCAUAAUGUUAUCAGUAUCAUUAAUUGUAUAUUUUAAUCGAGUAAAUUACUCCCGUAUUUUCCCCUGGCCGCUCUCGGAAGUCUGUACACUGCACUAAACUUAGCCAGGAUUUCCGGCUCCUUUGCAUUUGCCCCUCUGCUGUUUUGUUUCCGUUUCUUCCAUUUCCGUUUCAAAGUUUUCCAGAUUCUAAGUUUCAGAGUGUAUUUAAAUCGACAUUUAAAUCAGCUAUUUAGUGAAUUAUGUGUUUUAGUCUGUAUGAUUUGUGUAUUUCACAUGAGUCCGACCCCGUUUAGCGCAUGCCUCGCCCCUCCACGAAACAUCUUACAAAUAUGCUAGCUAGGAAGCUUUGUAUUGCUUCAACAUUGUAGAGCUAUGCUACACGUAUAUAUUGGUAUCUAUAAUUUUGCGAAAUGUUUACAUUCAGAUGAACUUCAAUUGAUCUAGUGUAAUUCACGAUUUAUCAACUAAUGGCCCACCGCAAGGCCUACGCUUUGGAGAGGCCUCGCCCUCGAAAUAGGUUUGAGCUUGGUGUACAGCCAUGUCUAAAAGUGAAGCAGAGGAGAUGAUAGAAAUUGAGAUUGAUGGUCAGGAGAAACAGGAUUGUCUGGAGGAAGGGAUUGAGGAACAGACCAUCACAUCAGCUGAUCUGAUUCAACAGGACAUAGACAUCAAUGAGCCAAUCGGUAAUCUGAAAAAGCUCCUGGAACCCCGCAUCCAGAUGUCACUAGAUGGAUAUGAGAUCUGUCUACAGGACAUCCAGCUGCAUCCAGACCACAGCCUUUUUGACCAAGGAGUGAAGACAGAUGGCACAGUGCAGCUCAGCCUACAGAUCAUCACCAAACCAGGUGAGGAGAAGUUGAACAUUCUGGAGAUUGUGAAGCCUGUGGAGACAGUGGAGGUGGUGAUUGACCCAGAUGCGGCGGGGGAGGAGGGUACCAUGAUGGAGGACGGACAGCUGAUUGCAGUGGAGCGAUCCUCCCUGUCAGACGACACGUCGGAGCAGGUCACCCGCUGGGCUGCUGCCCUAGAAGGAUACCGCAAAGAGCAGGUCCGCCUGGGGAUCCCCUAUGACCCAGUACAAUGGACGGCAGACCAGGUGAUCCACUGGGCCGUGUGGGUGAUGAAAGAGUUCAGCAUUGAUGAAAUGGAGGUGGGAGGGAUUCACAUCUCGGGUCACAACCUCUGCUCCUUCACCCAGGAAGAGUUCCUGCAGAGGGUCCCCAGUGGAGAGAUCCUCUGGAGUCAUCUGGAGUUGCUUCGCAAAUAUGUGUUGGCCAGUCAGGACCAGUCUGGACAGGAAGCCACAGUCACCAUUGACCAACAGGUACAGAUUAUCCCUGCCGCGGUGCAGACCACGCCUGCCACCAUCAAGGUGCUGAAGCAGAGCCGUGGACCCAGAACGCCACGCAUCUCGGGGGGAGAGGAGCGGAGCUCACCAGGCAACCGCACAGGUAACAACGGUCAGAUCCAGUUGUGGCAGUUCCUGCUGGAGCUGUUGACUGAUAAGGAUGCCAGAGACUGUAUCUCCUGGGUGGGUGAGGAGGGGGAGUUCAAACUCAACCAGCCUGAACUGGUGGCCCAGAAAUGGGGCCAGCGCAAGAACAAACCCACCAUGAACUAUGAGAAACUCAGCCGAGCUCUCAGGUAUUACUACGAUGGUGACAUGAUUAGCAAGGUGCAGGGCAAGCGCUUCGUCUACAAGUUUGUUUGUGACCUGAGGACUUUGAUUGGCUACAGCGCAGCAGAGCUCAACAACCUGGUGACAGAGUGUGAACAGAAGAAGCUGGCCCGCAUUCAGCUGCAUGGGAUUGGCCAGCCUAUCACCACGGUGACGCUGGCCACCUCUGCCACGGACAGCUAGGGGGGAGGAGAGGGGAGGGGGGGGGGGGCUGGGGCUCCAAGACUGCUCCUGAUAGAAGAUUCCCUUAGGCACAGAUCUAGGAAAGUGGAAAUGAUCACCUGUCCUUGUGUCAAUGGGCAACUUUGUCCCACUCCUUUGGGUUUAGUUGGAGAUGGGCUGUGGCAUUUGGAAGGUUAUUUUCUUAUUUUAACCAGGAGGGAGAGGUUUGUUGGACUGGAGGGAGUGUCUGGAAUGAGUGUGACAUUAUGGAUAAUGUGUGCAUGAGUGUUUGAGUGGUGCGUAUGUGUUGGAUAAUAAAAUGAACUUUGCAUUUUUUUGUUCCUUUAUCUCCAGCUUAGUAUCGUUUCCAUUGUAUAUACCGGUACUGUUUUUGAUAGCCAUAAGGGCAGUGUAUUUUCAUAUUUUCCAUUUAUAAAGGAUCUGUUUUGUAUUUUAUUUUGUGUUUCCCUGAUGAGCUGGACCUUUUCUGUCCACCAGGGGGAAUAAAGUGCCAGGUGUUUUCCUAAAGA